AUGAUCAAAGGCAAACUCCCCAGCCUGAUGUCUUCAGUCGUGGCUCCAGUCCAAGAGUUCAACAGGAUGGAGACCAAGAAGGUGGAGCUGAUUCUGGUAAAGGAACAGAACGGCGUUCAGUUCACCAAUUCCACUCUGCUCAGCUCUUCCCAGCUUCCUGGAGGAGAGGAUGAGCCUGUGAACAGGGAGACCUGGGCGAAGAAGAUCGAUUUCCUGCUCUCAGUUGUUGGUUUUGCCGUGGACCUGGCCAAUGUCUGGAGAUUCCCUUAUCUUUGUUAUCGCAACGGCGGAGGGGCAUUUCUCGUUCCUUACUUGUUCUUUAUGUUCAUUGCUGGAAUGCCACUAUUUUACAUGGAAUUGGCACUGGGACAGUACAACAGGGAAGGAGCUGCAGGAGUUUGGAAGAUCUGCCCCAUAUUUAAAGGUGUUGGCUUCACAGUUAUCCUGAUUGCACUGUAUGUUGGUUUCUAUUACAAUGUAAUCAUUGCCUGGGCGCUCUAUUAUUUAUAUGCAUCUUUUACCAUGGAACUACCCUGGAUCCACUGCAACAAUAGUUGGAAUAGCCCCAAUUGCUCUGACUUCAACAACUUUAUCCAGCAAAACACAUCCACAAAAUAUUAUGAGUACAAAUCCAAUCCUGCUGCUGAAUACUAUGAACGUGGUGUUCUUCACCUUCAUGAAAGUGCCGGGAUCCAUGAUAUUGGCAAACCCAGGUGGCAGCUAACCUGCUGCUUAUUUGUGGUUAUUGUCAUCCUUUAUUUCAGUCUCUGGAAGGGAGUUCGAACUUCUGGCAAGGUUGUCUGGAUUACUGCCACUAUGCCAUAUAUCGUUCUUACUAUCUUACUGCUUCGUGGAGUUACUCUCCCUGGAGCGAUUGAUGGAAUCAAAGCAUAUCUCAGUGUGGACUUCUUACGCCUCCGUAAAGCCUCAGUUUGGAUAGAUGCAGCUACACAGAUAUGUUUCUCACUUGGAGUGGGUUUUGGUGUACUAAUAGCAUUUGCAAGCUACAACAAAUUUAAUAACAAUUGUUACAGGGAUGCAAUCGUUGCCAGUUCUGUCAACUCCGUGACAAGCUUCUUCUCAGGUUUUGUUGUGUUCUCUUUCUUGGGCUAUAUUUCAAAGCGCCAUGGAGUUGCUCUGGAGGAUGUAGCCACUGGAGAAGCUGGAUUGGUCUUCAUUAUUUACCCAGAAGCAAUUGCCACCCUUCCUGGUUCAUCAAUUUGGUCAGUCAUCUUUUUCAUCAUGCUUCUGACACUGGGACUUGACAGCGCAAUGGGUGGCAUGGAAUCAGUAAUUACAGGACUAAUUGAUGAAUUCAAACUCCUGCGUAACCACAGAGAGAUCUUUACACUGUUCAUCAUUACAAUUACCUUUCUGGUGUCUCUCUUCUGUGUAACUAAUGGUGGCAUCUAUGUGUUUACUUUACUUGACAAGUUCUCAGCAGAGACAUCCAUACUGUUUGGAGUACUUAUAGAAACCAUUGGAGUCUCCUGGUUUUAUGGAGUUGAUCGUUUCAGCGAUGAUAUUGAGAAAAUGAUAGGCAAAAGACCUGGCUUAUACUGGAGAUUGUGCUGGAAAAUUGUCAGUCCCUGUUUCCUUCUGAGAUUAGUUUAUGCAAUUACACCUGAGAAGGACCAGCAUCUGGUGGAACAUGGAGAACUUCGCCAGCUUACUUAUUGGUGGCACUAUUGGGAAAUAGUGAAAGCCGCGGGCAUUUCACCUCAGAGGAGUAAAGUGAGGCCCGGCAAUGCUCAGCUCCAAGCAGAUGGUGAGCGUCAGGUGUUUUCAUCUAAGAUACAGAGGCUCCAGCCAAUGCAUAAGAUAUGUGAAGAUCUACUGGAGUUUGCUGGGGGCAGUGAGGUUCUUGUGCAAGUGAUGGAGGAAUCCUAUCAUGCAUGGCUCACUUCUCUCAUCUAUGUCCUUGAUGGAGAGGAUGGCAAGCCAAAUGGAGAGACAUGUAGAGCAUACUAUGGAUGCAAUAGUUCUAAAGGGACAUACAGAGCAUGGUCUUAA